AGGCACAAAGAAGUCGCUGGGUAGCGGAGGGUGGGGAGAGGGGAAGCCCAGAGGCUAGAGCUAGAGGAGGAGGAAGAGAAGUGAGGGCAGCGGUGCGCGGCGACUUCGACCACUCAGUCCGACCGCGGCGAGCCAGCAGGCGGGUGCGCCGCCCCCUCCCCCGCCCGGCCUCCCCAACUCUGCGGCCGCGAGCAAAGUUUGCAGAGAGGCGCGGGAGGCGGCCGGGCAGCUAGGCGACAGCGGGGAAGGCGCGCGGUCUCGGGGUUGGGGGCGGGGGCUGGGGGGCGCCCAGGAGCCGAGUGGGGGGCGGCGGCCAGCAUGCGGGCCCGCAGCGCCCUGCCCCGCAGCGCCCUGCCCCGCUUGCUGCUGCCACUGCUGCUGCUGCCGGCCGCCGGGCCGGCCCAGUUUCACGGGGAGAAGGGCAUCUCCAUCCCGGACCACGGCUUCUGCCAGCCCAUCUCCAUCCCGCUGUGCACGGACAUCGCCUACAACCAGACCAUCAUGCCCAACCUCCUUGGCCACACGAACCAGGAGGACGCGGGCCUGGAGGUGCACCAGUUCUAUCCGCUGGUGAAGGUGCAGUGCUCGCCCGAGCUGCGUUUCUUCCUGUGCUCCAUGUACGCUCCGGUGUGCACGGUGCUGGAGCAGGCCAUCCCGCCGUGCCGCUCCAUCUGCGAGCGCGCGCGCCAAGGCUGCGAGGCUCUCAUGAACAAGUUCGGCUUCCAGUGGCCCGAGCGCCUCCGCUGCGAGCAUUUCCCGCGUCACGGCGCGGAGCAGAUCUGCGUGGGCCAGAACCACUCCGAGGACGGAGCUCCUGCGCUACUCACCACCGCGCCGCCCUCCGGGCUGCAGCCCGGCGCGGGUGGCACCCCGGGCGGCCCUGGCGGUGGUGGCGCGCCCCCGCGCUACGCCACUCUGGAGCACCCUUUCCACUGUCCCCGCGUCCUCAAAGUGCCGUCCUAUCUCAGCUAUAAGUUUCUGGGUGAACGCGAUUGUGCAGCGCCCUGCGAGCCCGCACGGCCCGACGGCUCCAUGUUCUUCUCGCAGGAGGAGACGCGUUUUGCCCGUCUCUGGAUCCUCACCUGGUCGGUGCUGUGCUGCGCUUCCACGUUUUUCACGGUCACCACCUACUUAGUGGACAUGCAGCGCUUUCGCUAUCCAGAGCGGCCCAUCAUCUUUCUGUCGGGCUGCUACACCAUGGUGUCGGUGGCCUACAUCGCGGGCUUCGUGCUCCAGGAGCGCGUGGUGUGCAACGAGCGCUUCUCUGAAGACGGUUACCGCACGGUGGUGCAGGGCACUAAGAAAGAGGGCUGCACUAUACUGUUCAUGAUGCUGUACUUCUUCAGCAUGGCCAGCUCCAUCUGGUGGGUGAUUCUGUCCCUCACCUGGUUCCUGGCAGCCGGUAUGAAGUGGGGCCACGAGGCCAUCGAGGCCAAUUCGCAGUACUUCCACCUGGCCGCCUGGGCCGUGCCAGCCGUCAAAACCAUCACCAUCCUGGCCAUGGGCCAGAUCGACGGCGACCUGCUGAGCGGCGUGUGCUUCGUGGGCCUCAACAGCCUGGACCCGCUGCGGGGCUUCGUGCUGGCGCCGCUCUUCGUGUACCUGUUCAUCGGCACAUCCUUCUUGCUGGCCGGCUUCGUGUCACUCUUCCGCAUCCGCACCAUCAUGAAGCACGAUGGCACCAAGACGGAGAAGCUGGAGAGGCUCAUGGUGCGCAUCGGCGUCUUCUCGGUGCUCUACACGGUACCGGCCACCAUCGUCAUCGCCUGCUACUUCUACGAGCAGGCCUUCCGCGAGCACUGGGAGCGCUCGUGGGUCAGCCAGCACUGCAAGAGCCUGGCCAUCCCGUGCCCGGCCCACUACACGCCGCGCAUGUCGCCCGACUUCACAGUCUACAUGAUCAAAUACCUCAUGACGCUCAUCGUAGGCAUCACGUCGGGCUUCUGGAUCUGGUCCGGCAAGACGCUGCACUCCUGGAGGAAGUUUUACACGCGUCUCACCAACAGCCGGCAUGGCGAGACCACCGUGUGAAGCGGCCUCGCCUGGUGGGCACCCCCUCCCCCAGGACCGGACCGCACGAUACCCUCCUCCUCUCGGGAGAGAGUGCACCUAUGGACUCCUAUUUUAUUUUUUUAAAAAAUAAAGAACAGUAAAAAAAAAAAAAAAAACACAUUUUAUUUUAGGUCGCUUUUUAAAAAGAACUCUGUCCAACACCCCCUACCAGGUUUGUGAUUAAAACUGUAAAUAGUG